AUGCGUAAUAGAGAGUUAACAAUCUUGGUUUUUCCUUCAAAAUUGAUAAUGGACAAGUUGCAAUCAUUGCGCCAAAGUUCGACCGAGGUUAAUGACGUAUCUUACAAGAGUUACAACGGAAACGAGAGACAUCAAAUAGAAAUCCAGGAAUUAGGACGGUCAAAAGAAAUUCGGAAAGGAAAAGAAAUUCCUACUGCAAAUCUGGAAAUCAGGACGGCCAAAGGAUCAGUAUCUCUGUUUCGCUCACGGGGAUUAUUGAAACCGCUCAAAGUUUGCUACUGA